UCGUAGUUACUCCUGUUGCUGUUCAGGGACGCCGACGCAAAGGUGGAAUCCACACUUGUCGUGUUUGACGAAGAUAGAAGCAGUAUUUCUGUAAUAUUUUGUGUAGUUCACCAGCAUUUUGGACAACUUGUGAAGUGGAGAAAAUGAUCCUGUUGCUCCUCAUCAUCAACAUCAGCUCAUGUCUCUGUGCACCAACAUUUGUAGUGAAUGUGGCACAGAGCUCCUAUCAGGUGGAGCAGAACCACAACAUCACUCUGGAGUGGACCUUCACCACCAGACCUCAGGGAUCCUGGACAAAACUGGAUGUUAUCUGCAGUAGACUGGCUCCUCUCAGAGCCUCAGUCCUCUAUCAGGUUCAUGAUGGUGUUGAGGUAUCAGAGUCUCUGGAUGAACAGUUUUCAGGGCGAGUCCAGAUGGACAAAGACGUCCUCAGAGAAGGACGGAUCAGAUUCCAUAUUUCCAGAUUGACGACAGGAGACUCUGGGCUCUAUGUGUGUAACAUUAGGACUGACUAUGGGGAGGGCUUUGCAGAGUGCUGCGUCACAGUCACUGUCCCAGACUUUGUUAAAAUAAAGAAAACAGAGACGGUUCAUGAGAGAAACUUCCCUAUUCCAACACUGAAGGAUGAGACCAUUGAUGCUGGUCGUUGGUCCAGGCUGAUACCCCAUUUUCACUUGGUUUUCUUCAUCAUUUUCAUCAUCAUCUUCAUUAUUUGUCUGAUUGUUUACAUCCGCAUAAGAAAAAAACAACUAAAAGAAGGUUUCAGAAAAAUCCCGAGUCAGGCCUCAGCCUUGAAGAUCGUCUGCCUUGCUCAUGGGCAGACCUGCAUUGAUGUAGAUGGGAGCGACACAAAGUCGUCUCUCCUGCAGCGUCCUAAGGAUUAAGAUCCCACCCUGCAGCAGAAUCCUGGAGAUCAGUCCUCGUAUCAGUCAGAGGUCUAUCGAUGAAACCAGGUUCUCCAUGUUUGCUGUCAGGUUCUGCAGGAAUCCUCCAAACCUUCAGAUGAUCAAACGUUCUGGGUUUAUCUCGAGGAA